AUGCUAUUAUUUGCAGAACAUGCAAAUUAUCGAAGAUCUUUACAAAACUGUGAAGUUCCAAAUCAACCUAGACCAAGAUUUAUGGAAGAGAUUAAUUGGGAUGAUGAGUUAGCACAGUUGGCUCAUAGACAAGUAGCAGCAUGCGAUUUAGACAGUCAUUACAAAGAAGCAGAAAUCAAUAAAGAAUAUAAAUCUUCUGUUGGCAAAAAUACUGCAGACAAUCGUGAUCCUUACGCAGCAGUAAGAGAGUGGUUUGACGAACAUCAAUACUACAAUUACACAAGAAAUUCAUGCAGCCAUCCUAAUGGCUGUUCACAUUAUAAAAGGAUCGUAUGGGGAAGAGCUGAAUUCAUGGGUUGUGCAGUUGGCGGAUGUGGACCGGGUACACGCGUACGAUCAGGUCAAAUAGUAGUCUGUUAUUAUUCACCUAUGGAGAAUGUAGAACGUCAACAACCAUAUGAAGCAGACUGGAUUAACAUAUGCAGAGCACAACGUCCUACAACACCUCGACCAGCACCACCGCCACUAACACCACCACAACCUAUAACAACUAGAUUGAUGACUACAACAACUGAAAAACUGACAAUUGGUCCUUAUGGGAGAUAUCGUUGCAAUUGUGAAUGUGAUUGA